UUGCCCAGGAGAAAGGAAGGCGCUCCAGUUCCGGGUCAGGCCCUUCUCCCGCCUCCCUCGGCCUCCGUCAUGGCGAGUAGCAGCGGUGCCGGGGCGGCGGCGGCAGCGGCGGCGAAUCUGAACGCGGUGAGGGAGACCAUGGACGUUCUGCUGGAAAUUUCAAGAAUUUUGAAUACUGGCUUAGAUAUGGAAACUCUGUCUAUUUGUGUUCGGCUUUGUGAACAAGGAAUUAACCCAGAAGCUUUAUCGUCCGUUAUUAAGGAACUUCGCAAGGCCACUGAAGCACUAAAGGCUGCUGAAAAUACGACAAGCUGACUUUCUGGAGAAAUUCUGAUGAGAUAUGUCAAGCUCUUCAAGAGGAUUUGAAGAUUGCUAUGUAGUCAAGAAUGUACAAUGAAAUUACUGCAUGCAGCAGUGUAGAAACAUUUUCCCUUUUAAAAGAAUUAUAAAACCAUAGCUUUAUAAAUCAGUGGAAAAUGGCUUACAGAGAGAACUAUCAGAUGUGUUUACAUCACAUCUUUUUUUUAACAGCUCUAAUGCAUUGGCAUUGCUGUGUUCAUAUUUAUGUAUUCCUUAUUUAUAGCUGAUAGCUUUAAUUUUCUAAGCAGUCUGUCUAUCAGAUGUGCACAUCUGCUGUGCCUGGUUGAAGUAUAGUGGAACCCAUCAGAAGUAAUGUAGUAGUUAUGACUUGUUGACAUUUCCAUUAUAAAAUUUAAUUUUGAAUUGUUUAUGCAAAAUAACCGUGAAUUUGUGUUGUAUUGGGCUAAAAGUUGACAGAAUUUCAGCCACCAUUUGUGAAUUUUGAUUUAGAAUUACAACAUAGAAUCUUUUUUAUAAGAGCACAGAAACCAUUUGUUUUAACCUGCUCUUCUUUAACAAAGAGUAUUUAGUUUUUUAAACAUGAAAGUUUUUCUGGCAGUUAACAGUAUGAACCAGAUCAUUUUUGUAUUGAUCGAAAAAUAAAACUUAGAAACUUAGAUUUUAAAAGUAAUGAUAGUGCUAAGUAUUGUCAUUUGAGUCAUUUAAAUUUAAUGAAACUAUUGACAAUAUUUUUCUAAGUUUUAUACUCUAUAAAUGGCCUAAAAAAUAGUGCAUAAUGAAAUACUUCCAACAUGCAAAAUGCUUUAAUUUUAUUAUGUAAAAAUAGUUUGGUUACCUAAUAAAUCGCUAAAUAGGAAGUAUCUGUCAACAAAUACGGUGUUUUCUGAAGGACUAAAGAUUUCCAGUCAUUAAACAAAAACUAAAUAAUCAAGUGUUCUGUAUCAGGAAUUAUAAGUAUUCCUUUCCAAGGUCACUUUGUGUGUCAUUAUUUUUUCCCUGAAAGUUUUAACUAAUCAAAGUGAUGGUUCAAACUAAAUUUUAGAAAACGUAGGAUAGUGUUAAUUCCGUUCCUGUAGCAAAAUCUGAAUGGAAUAUUUUUCCCAAGAGUGAUAGGAUUUUAAUAUGAUUUUAUUAGCUUCCAUUUAAAUGAUAAUACAAGUAUUUACUCUUUAGCAGCAUUUUUGUUCUUCAAAGUAAGGCUUAGUAAUUAAGUGACAACCUUCUGUGUAAAAUCUAGUCUUGAUUAUUUUGACUUCGUAAGCACCUAGCAUCUUUACCAAGGACACUGGAAGGUGUAUUAUUGGCAGACUCGGUUGGGAGACAAUAACGACUUGUGAUAAGUCAUUUAUUUGAUAGUAAUCACUGCAAGUCCUGCAUGUUGUUACCCAUAAAAUCAUAAAGACAACAUUUUUGUCAAGCUCCAAAGUUGGUAUAUACUCUUAGGCCACAAGAGUUAAUAGUUUUAUUUAUGAUUUUAUAGAUUAAGUUAUUUAUGUUUGAUACAAAGCAGGAAAAUAUAUUGAGAAGGCGUUAUGUUUAACGCCUUAAAGAGAACUUCUUUAAGUGUUAAAUUUAAAUGUAAACAUAUUUUUAAUGCAUACUUCGGUACUGUUUAACAAAAUCAAAACAAACUAGUGAUACAGUUGGCUGUGUUAUGCAUGUUGUCAGUGACAAAAAAUAAAACCAUUUUGGUGGUA